AAAAAAUUGAGAAUUCUAAUGAUCGAGAUGUUUCCCAGGCCUUAGGAAUUUUAUCUAUAAUGAAUACGGUUUCAUUUAUUUUUCAUCUCAUUGUCUUGGAAGAUAUAUUACAAGUUAUCAAUAUUCUUAGCACCCAGUUACAACAAAAAACAGCUACAUUGGGCAAAGCUGGCCUAGUUAUUGAAGGUGUAAUAAAAACGUUUGAAGAGAAACGUUCAGAUAAGUAUUUUUCUGAAGUAUGGUCUACUGUUGAAUUGUUUUCUGAAACUCAUGGUAUUGAAACACCUAUAAAAGAUUGUACAGCUAAGAGAUUAAAAAGAGAACCAAAUCAUUUGAAGGAUUUCCAUUUAUCAUCAACCACAAGCACUGAACAAAUUGAUGAAAAUGAAAAACACUGGCGAAUAAUUUAUUUCAAAUUAAUUGAUACUAUUGUUACAAACAUAAAAAAAAGAUUUUCCACUGAAAGCCUAAAAAUGGCAACAGCAGUUGAUAAUUUUAUGAUGUUAAAUUAUGAUGAUAGCACUUUUUUCAUUGAAAAUUAUAAAGAGUUGUUCAAUAUUGACUUAAAUGCUCUUAAAAGUGAAAUGAUGGUGGUAAAAAAUUGUGUCCUUCGAUCAAGCAUAAAAUUACAGAUUGAUUUUGAUAAAAUAAAAGAAGUGGUACAAUCUGAAAUUUAUCCAAAUUAUACACUUUGUUGAAAGUGGCUCUAUCAAUUCCUGUUAGUUCUGCCACGUGUGAGCGUUCUUUCUCCACUAUGAGAAGAAUUAAAAAUUGGUUGCGCACAUCGAUGGAUCAGGAGCGAUUUUCCAGUUUGGCAAUAAUAAAUAUCGAAAGAGAUGUAUCAAAUCAGCUUAAAGCUGAGGAUAUACUUUUUGAGUAUGCUAAGACCAAUAAAAGGUUACAAUUAUAAUUUGUUGUUUGUUUAUUUUGAUUGAUAUAUUAUUAUAUUAAAAAUUAAAAUAAUUUAAUAAA